AUGGAAAUCAUGGAACGAUUCCAUUGGCCGCGGCGUUUACACGAGGACCGUGCUCCCGAUGUCAUUGUUGGCAUAGAUGUCGGAAUGUGCUUCACCAAGGUUGCCUACACGAUUAGACAGGAUGACAGUUUUGGUGUCAUCAAAGCGAUUCAAAACUGGCCGAAAAUGGGCGGUGAAGAGGAUGAGGCAAACUAUGUGCCCACCUUGUUGGGUUACGAAAAGGGCCACGACAUCAUGCAAGAUGCCCCUCAAUUUGUUGGAUUUCCCCGCAAGGAGGACAAAAAAAACCCAGACUUGAAGUUCUACGAGUGGUUCAAGAAGGACUUCCCCGCCAACCUCUCAUCCAAGGACCGUGACCCUCCACCGUUUUGGCCAAGGAUUUCUGAUGAUACCGAGACCCAUGUUCUCUACCGAACCUUCCUUGCCGAACUGUACGCGUCCAUAGAGUCAGUCCUAUCCCCAAUGCUGCAGAGGAUUGGGAUGGACUGGAACCAUGCGCAAAUCGAGUUUAUAUUCAGCGUGCCGGCUACCUGGAAUCGACCCAAUGAAACCUUGGGCAUGGUUGCCGACAGUCUAAUGAUGGUUGCCAAAGAAGCCAGAUUCGAAGGUGAGAAGCGCGUGGUCAAGAUUGGAAUGACAGAGCCUGAGGCUGCUGCGGCGUUUGCUCUCGCCACGCAUGAAGAUUUAGUACAGGGGAACGUGCAGAGCGGAAAGACUAUCUUGAUAGUUGACGCCGGCGGUGGCACCACGGAUCUCUGCCUGCUCAAGAUGGAACAGUCCCAAGGCAAGCAGUUUGAGAUGGACCCAUUGAGUGCCCCUAUGGGAGAAGACUUGGGCGCCACCCAUAUCGAUCGCGGCUUCGAGGAUCUGGCCGUGAAAAAGCUGACAUGUCUUCACGACGAAGCGAAGAUACAGAAAGUGUGGAAUUUCAAAGAGAUGGCUCGAAAGAUGCGAGAUUCGCCUGAAUUCGAAAACUUCAAGGGGCUGUUGAAUCUGGACAAAGCCAGAAGCGACCAAUUCUUCACGGUGCCACUACCGCAAUCUUGUGCCAACGACAUGCCUCAGCACACACAAGUCUAUGGGGUAGUCAAUGCGUCGAUGAAAUUCAAGUGGAGCGAGCUAGCCACAAUCUUCGACACGGUCAUCCAAGACCGACAAGUCGUCCGGAAAGGUCGGCCUGAAACGUUGCCGGGUUUGAAUAAGCUGAUCCAGCGAGCGCGAGACGAGUUGCGGUAUCGCGGCAAUAAUCAUGGUGGCUCCAGGUCACCGAACAAUGACCCAGACGACGUUUCGGUUAUCCUGAUGUCUGGAGGUCUCGGCCGAUCCGAGUACAUCACGCAGAGAAUCACCGAAUAUCUUUCUUACCAAGAGGACACCUUAGGCCCAGUGCCAGAAGUGCGCAUCAUUGGGGAACCGCAGUUGUGUGUAUGCAAAGGCCUGCUGAAGAACAGGCUCUACACUAUCUUUCGGACGCAGAGGUGCAACGGCAACUACGGCAUAUUAGAAUACAAACCGUACAAAAAGUUUUACCCGACGCAUUUUAUAGCCAACCAAGCCAACCAUGUGAAGAAAAUUGGAGGCAGUCGAUACAAGGAAGAAGUCAAGUGGUUAAUCCAAAAGUCUCGGAAGACUCAAGAGGCCAGCGGUUUCCCAGUCAUGGCAAGACACGUCCAUAUCCAAAUCCCGGAGGGUGCGAAGCUGGGAGGUCACCAAGUGAGCCGGGUCAGCGGACACUUGUUGGGAAAUACAACGGAGAUUACGGUCACUUCAAAACGCGAGAGUCCAGAUGAUGGUCACUUUGCGGAUCAGGUAUGGGCAAAUUUCGAGUUCAUGACGCAAUGGACGUUUGCGGUGGUGUACUGA